AUGGUACAUAAUAAGACCUUAGCAGCGCAAAUUUACUCAGAAAUGAAGGCAAUCUUCCCUGACAAUGCUGUAGAAUAUUUUGUCUCAUAUUAUGAUUAUUAUCAGCCAGAAGCAUAUAUUGCUAGAACGGAUACAUAUAUAGAAAAAGAUUCUUCAAUUAAUGAACAAAUAGAUUUAUUAAGGCAUUCUGCUACUAGAUCAUUAUUAGAACGUCGUGAUGUAAUAGUAGUAUCAUCAGUCUCUUGCAUUUAUGGUCUUGGUUCACCAGAGCUUUAUUAUCAAAUGACUAUAACACUUAAAGCUGGAGAGACUUAUAUUAGAGAUAAACUCCUUGGUGAUUUAGUAAAUUUACAAUAUGAGCGUAAUGAUAUAGGUUUCGAGCGAGGAACUUUUAGAGUUAAAGGAGAUAAUAUUCAUAUUUUUUCAGUGCAUUAUAACGAUAAAGCUUGGCGAUUAUCAUUCUUUGGUAAUGACCAAGAAUAUAUUAGAGAAUUUGAUCCUUUGACAGGAGAAAAAUUAGUUCAAUUAGAUAACGCGGUAAUUUAUGGUAGUUCUCACUUCGUAACUCCAAAAGAAGUAGUGGAAACAGCUAUUGUCCAAAUAGAAGAAGAAUUACAACAACGUUUAGCAUGGCUAAAUAAACAUGAUAAAUUAUUAGAAGCCCAAAGGCUGAAUCAGCGUACUCAAUAUGAUAUAGAAAUGUUGAUGGAAACUGGCAGCUGUAAAGGUAUUGAGAAUUAUUCAAGGUUUUUAACAGGUAAAGCUUCUGGGGCGCCACCCCCUACUUUAUUUGAAUAUUUACCUAAAGAUGCAUUAUUAUUUGUAGAUGAAAGCCACGUAGCUGUGCCGCAAAUUAGAGCUAUGUAUAAUGGAGAUAGAGCGAGAAAGGAAGCGCUAGUAGAGCAUGGUUUUCGCCUUCCUUCAGCGCUAGAUAAUAGGCCAUUAAAAUUCGAAGAAUGGCAAGUCUUUAGGCCUCAAACAGUUUUUGUUUCAGCUACUCCAGCGCCUUUUGAAUUACAAGAAAGCAAAGGACAAGUAGUAGAACAAAUUAUUAGACCUACCGGGUUACUUGAUCCAGAAUGUGUUAUAAAGCCAGUUACUAAACAAGUGGAAGAUUUAUUAAGCGAGGUCCAAGCUACUAUAGCCCAAGGGUUACGUGUUUUAGUUACAACUCUUACUAAAAAAAUGGCAGAAGAUUUAACAAAUUAUCUCCAAGAAUUAGGAUAUAAAGUAUCAUAUUUACAUUCUAAUGUACAUACUUUGGAACGUAUAGAAAUUAUUAGAGAUUUACGGCAAGGUAAUAUUGAUAUUCUAGUAGGUAUUAAUCUAUUACGUGAAGGCUUAGAUAUUCCCGAAUGUGGGCUUGUUGCUAUAUUAGAUGCAGAUAAAGAAGGAUUUUUGCGAUCAGAAGUUUCCCUAAUUCAAACUAUUGGAAGGGCUGCCCGCAAUAGUCAAGGGAGGGUAGUACUAUACGCUGAUGUGAUUACGAAGUCUAUUGAAAAAGCAGUAGGGGAAACACAUAGAAGAAGAAAAGUACAACAAGAAUAUAAUCAAAAACAUUCUAUAAUACCCAAAACUAUUAAUCACAAUAUUCACGCGUUGGUUGAAUUAGAAAAAUUCGAUAAUAAAUUAGACAAUAAAAAACAAAUUCAUUCUUUAUUAGAGCAGCCAAUAAAAUUAAAAGCUCAUAUUAAUAAAUUAAAAAAGGAAAUGAACCGGGCAGCUAGUAACUUAGAAUUCGAAGAGGCAGCGAAGUUACGUGAUCAAAUUAAUGUGUUAGAAGAGGCGGCAUUAGAAUUAGGCUAA